AGCAUCUUCUAUUUGGAGCUUUGCAUGUGGGUGCAGCUGUGUUGGAGGAAGGCAGCCUUUUGCUGGCUAUGAAGAAAGUACACUAAGUGAGAUGUGAAAUGGCGAUGGGGUCCUUUGCUGUGUAACACUGCCCAUUGCUGAACUUAAAGAAACCUCUACCCUCUCCAUGCUGUCUGUUGACAUGGAAAACAAGGAGAAUGGCUCUCUGGAUGUCAAAAAUUCAGUAGAGAAUGGGAGACCUCCUGACCCUGCUGACUGGGCUGUCACUGAUGUCGUAAAUUACUUCAGAACAGCAGGAUUUGAAGAACAAGCCAGUGCUUUUCAAGAACAGAGAUUGGGCUAUGGGAGCAGGGAAGUACUUACUCUCUCUGCAGCUAACAUCACCAGUGUUGAGGCAAAGAUGAUGAAAUAUCAACUUUGCUGGGCAGGCCAUUGUGUACAGAUGGCUGAUAUUCGUCUUCUGAAGCAAGUCUUCUUUUCUCAACUUAGUCAUGGUAAGAGGACCUGCAGGGGACAGAGGAGACGCUACAAGAACACCCUGAAAGUAUGUCUUAAGAAGGGAAGCAUUGACUCCACAAAUUGGGAAGAGCUAGCUGACCAUAAACUAGAGUGGCAUUGCAUCAUACAUCAAGCCUCAGCCCAUUUUGAAGAGAAUCACCUUUCUCAAAAGGCUGCGAAAUGGCAGAGGAGGAAGGAAAGUGUACAACAUCCCAGCCAGAAGUUGUGCUCUCUCCAAGGAACCUUCUUUCACAUAUGUGGAAUAACUUGUAGAGCACAGGUUGGACUUCUCAGCCAUCUUAAGUCUCAUCAAUGACAUUUUCCCCUCAGCAGACAUGAUCCUUAUGUCAAUGGAUAGCCAGCGAUGAUGACAUAAUUACAUUAAUCAUGAUUUUAUAUCUGUAUAAAUCCGUGAUUAAUGUAAUUCUGUUCUACACAUAUAAAAAGAAUCAUGCAUGUUUGUUAAUAAAAUUAAGUGCUCACUCCAAAGUGAGAAGUGAAAAUCUCCACAGUGCAAUGAUGUUAGCCUGUCCAUAAUUGCUUUGCAGUUGUCCUUGCCAUGUUUUAGUGAGACAAUAACCCUUUGUCUUUAUCAGGCCUUUAUAAUAAGGCAUGCAAGCUUUUCGAGGGCCGGCUGAAAUGACUUGGAUUCAAAACCGGAUGCGUUUAAUUUCUGUUCCUCUUUUAAUAAGUGCUGCUAACUGUCUCAUACAAGUCGGGACCUAAUGGAAAACAUGAAAGAAGAUUUGGCGGGAGAAUGUACAGUAUAGAAGCAAGUUUGCUACAGUCCAUGGUUUUUACUGUGUUUGUCUCUUCCUGUUAGCAUUGGGUUUUUUUGUGAGAUCACAGUUUUUACACAACAGUUCAUUCUGUGUUUGUUUUGUUAAAUUCUUAUUGGUGCCUCUGAAAAAAUCUAUUUAACAACAGAUUGGGAGUGUUUUGAAAGAGGAAGCCAAGGCCAGAUGUUUUUCAGCUAACUAUGCCUCUUUUUCCCCUCACCAAAAAUGUAACUGAGGUAAUGUAGAGAAGAUUCUGUCAAAUGGACUAUUCACCUCUAUAUAGUUACAGACACAUAUAGACUGGCAUAGACCAUUUAAUCUUGGGGGGAGGGGUGCAUAUACAGUACAUAUUCUGUAUGUAUAUGUAGAUAAAUACUAUAUACCACAUAUUUAUUGGCUGAAAUUUAGAUUCACAGUAGAAAACUAUUGCCCCAUGAUUUAAAAAAGGCAACCAGCAGUGAGAUAUUAUGUGAAAAGCUGCCAGCUAUAACCCAUUUGGGGUCACUCUAUCUACCCAUAGGACAAGGUGUUUUCUCUGUACAUUACAUAUAUUUUUAUUCCCUUUUUAAAAGGCUCAUUGUCCUAACGUGCUGCAGUUUGACUUACCAUCUUGAAGAAGGUUCUCUCCUUUUAUUCACAGGGUGACAUUCAGAGGUGAUGUGGAAGGGAAUGUAAGUUACACGUCACACAGGGAUUUCAAGGCUCGGGUCAAAAUGUAAAACUGGGGUCUCGCAAUGAAUCAUCUGUUUUAAAUGAACAGCUCCUCACAUUCCAUUGCAUCCUCGACUAUUUUCAUUUCCCCACUCAGUCCCAUCCCCUUUCUUUUUCUUUUUUGUUGUUGUUUUGUUAUCAGCUUCUUUAACUUUGUCUUUUUCCCCCCUCUCCCUUCACAUUCCACACCAACAUCUCCCGCUUUCACUCUCAGUCCCCCCCCCCCUUGGCCUUGGCACUCUCGGGUGUUAUGUAAAAUAUCAGUUAUUGUAUUAGUUGAAAACCAUGAUU